UUGUUUGCAAAAUAAGACAAAAAUAAGCACGUUUUAGUACUACAAUCUAAGUUUUUUCGCAAGAUUUCGCUAAAACGACUGAAAAAUCAACAUAUUAAAUAGAAAAUUACAUUAAUUUUGCAAUUUUUGAGAGUUUUUCAACAUUCGGAAGGAAAUCAAGUGCCAGUGGCGGUGAAACGGGGCGAAAGAAUUAUUCCCGCGAUUUUGGUACCAAAAAACUGGCAAGGCUGUAAUAUCGAUGUGUUGAAAUAAGUUUUAAGAUGUUGUGUACAUCAACGAUCAAAUAAAUAAUUUAUUGUUCACUCAGUUUCGUAAUUUAAACAAAUUAGUGGUUGGGUUACGUCAGUCACGUGACUUCGAUAAGUACUAAUUUUACGUCCAGUCGUGUAAAUAACGCUUGUGUGACAAUUUAUUUUAGCACGUGUGCAUUUUUGCGUGCUAAUGAACCCACUUUUUGUGCUAAUUUUGCUAAUUGAAACGUAAUUGGGGUCGAGACGUUUCGUAGCGUUGGCCACUUCCAUACGGCGCUGUCAUUCAAAUCACUUGUCAAAGUGACGUAKCCAAAGUCAGCUGAAAGUUAUUUUUGUUGGAUCCUCGAGGUGGUUAAAUAGUGGUUGUCAUUGAAAUUAACAAAAAAUGCCUAAUAUAAAUUAUGAAAUCAAGUUGGAUUUCAAAGAUGUGAUGUUACGUCCGAAAAGAUCGACUUUGAAGAGUCGCAGUGAUGUCAAUUUGUUCCGAGAAAUCACGUUCAGGAAUUCGAAACAGACCUACAAUGGGGUCCCCGUCAUGGCCUCGAACAUGGACACCGUGGGGACCUUUGAKAUGGCCCAGGCCUUGUCUAAACAUGGACUUUUCACUUGCAUUCACAAGUACUACAGUGUUGAACAAUGGAAAAAAUUCGCAAAUGAAAACCCCAAAAGUCUUCCUCACGUUGCUGCAAGCUCCGGAAUGACUGACGUCGACUUUGAAAAAUUGGGCCAAAUUUUGAACUCAAUUCCAGGGAURUCUUUCAUUUGUCUAGACGUCGCCAACGGRUAUUCGCAACACUUUGUAGAGUACGUCCGGAAGGUCCGGGCGGCGUUUCCAAACCACACGAUUAUCGCUGGGAACGUCGUCACCGGCGAGAUGGUGGAGGAGCUCAUCCUCUCGGGCGCCGAUUUGAUCAAAGUGGGCAUCGGCCCGGGCUCCAUGUGCACCACCCGUCUCAAAACCGGGGUGGGUUACCCCCAACUGUCGGCGGUUUUGGAGUGCGCGGACGCCGCCCACGGCCUGGGGGGACACAUCAUUUCCGACGGGGGCUGCACGUGCGCCGGCGACGUCGCCAAGGCGUUCGGGGCUGGGGCUGACUUCGUCAUGGCCGGGGGCAUGUUCUCUGGUCACGACCAAUGCGAAGGCGAAGUCAUCGAGCGCAAUGGAAAAAAGUUCAAAUUAUUCUAUGGGAUGUCCUCGGAGACAGCGAUGCAAAAACACGCCGGGGGCGUAGCUGAGUACAGGACGUCGGAGGGGAAGACCGUCGAGGUGCCUUAUCGGGGGGACGUCGAACCGACCGUUUUGGACAUAUUAGGGGGGCUGCGAAGCGCCUGCACCUACACCGGGGCGGCCAAAUUGAAGGAGCUGCCCAAACGGGCCACGUUUAUUCGAUGCACUCAACAGCUGAACACGAUAUUUGGUUAACUGGUUUAAUUAAAUUUUAGUUAAUUAGGUUUUUAGCCAAUUGUUGACAUUUUCAACUUGUUCCAGUGAUAAGCACAAAUUUUAGGCAAAUUUAUUUAUUUUUAUUUAUAUUUUAUCAGUAGGUAAGGCUACGAUUUUUGGUGCUCAUUGUGAUACACCAAAAAGUUUUUCUCUUAUUGUGAUCUUUACAAUUUGUUUUCGUGCCUAAUUCGUGAAAACACUUGUUAAUAAAUUAUUUUUUGAAUAAAGUCGUGCUUGUUUAA